AUGAAUACGCAAAACGAAAACAGUUCGGAUUCAGGUUCAAGCGAUACCACUUCGGAUUCAAUUUCAUCAUCAAGUUCUGAUACAUCUGAAGAACAAACUAAUCAAGAUAUGAAUUAUGAAUCCAAUGAAAGCGAAGACGAAUUAACAAUGGAAGAAAAUUUUCCUCCACCAGAAGACAAUGACAGACAUAGCACGGCUGUAGACAAUGAUCAUCCUUUUAUUCGACCUCGAAGACAACAGCACGCAAGUUCUGGAACUCUAAAUGAUACACAGAUGUUCCUGAAAGCUAGCGCUAUGAAAAUUCCAGCUAUGUCAAAGAAAACAGACCCAAAAGAACAGCAGCGCGAGUGGAAAAAAUAUAAAGACACGAUUAAACAAUUCUUCUCGAUUGCUAGUGGAUUUGACACGGCUAAAAGCAAGUUAUCUUACAUGAAAUUGUUCUGUGGUGAAGAAAUUCGUGACGCACUUUUGAGAGUUAAAAUUAAAAAAUCAAACAAAACGGAAAAACAAAAAUUCAAAGAUAUUAUUGAAACUUUGGACAACCAUUUUGAUGCCGGAAUAAACACACAGGGAUUCUUGAAAGAUUUUUAUAACACAAAACAAAACGAGUCAGAAAGUUUUGUAAAAUUUAUCCAUCGAUUAAAAAACGCAGCUAUUGAUGCCGAGAUAAGUCAAAAGAAUUUCGAAGAUGCAAUCAUAGUUCAAGCAGUAGCAGGUACAAGAAUCAAUAAGCUUAAAUCGGCAGACGUUUACUCGAAGAAAACACUUAAAGAACUGGAACAACUAGCAACUACAUUUGAAAUGGAUGAAAAAGGGAAUAAGGAAAUGGAAUCGGUAAAAGACGAUGAAACAAAACGUGAAGUUUUAGCUGUGGGAAAUUACCAACAAGGUAGAAACGUUGCAACAAGCUAUCAAAGAUUCCCACAACGAGGUAGAGGAAACUAUUAUCAUUACGAGCGUCCCUAUUCACGUCCACAAGGAAACGAUGACUUUAAAUAUGGAAGAGGCAUGCGAGGUCGGUACCGUUAUCGUGGCAGAGGCUACGCUUAUGGAAAUCAGUUCUCAAACAAAAAUGAUCAGAGAUGCUAUAACUGCAAUAGAGCAGGUCACAUCGCACGUAAUUGCUUAUUCCGGGUUAACAAUGUCGAGGAAAAAACCGUCAAAAAGCACGACGAGUUAAUCGAGAUAAUUUCAUUGGGUAAAACUGACAAAAGCAUCGAAAUACUAAUUGACACAGGCUCAGAAGUAAAUACGAUAACGGUUGAAGAUUGGAAAAGCUUAGCGGAACUUAAAGAAGCCAGAUUAUUUAACAUAAAAGUUGGAAAUGACGGCGAAAAUCUAUCGGGAUACGGUGGCGGAAGAUUAACAGUUAUAGCGUCAUUUUGGACCACAAUUCAAACAAAAUUGGGAAACGAAAGUUUUGAAAAGUUUUACGUGAUUCAGGAAGCAAAAAUUGGUCUACUCUGCUAUGAAACAGCGAUGAAACUCGGACUCAUUAAAAGAAUUUCAAAGGUAUCGGCAAAACAAAUUUUAACGUUGAAAAAAUCAACAGAAGAAAUGAAACUAACACCUUUUCCCGUAAUGCCUAUUAAACCGAUUGUGUUGAAACUCAAAGCAGAUGCAGUUCCAAAUAGAUGUUGUAGUUAUCAGAUUCCUUUACCUCUAAGGGAAAGAGAAGAGGUAGCAAUCAUAAAUCCUCAACCUGGAAACAUGGGAUCAACCUAUCAGCCAAAAUGGUAUAAAGUCAUCAGACGGGAUAAAGCAGACAUAUAUUUGGAAAACGGAAACACAGAAUUGAGAAGAAAUAUCGGAGACGUUAUAAUAAGACCAGCACGGGAAAGCACAUCACUAAUUAAUCCGCCUUCAUUUCUUUACAGCCAGGAACACGAGGUAAACUUAACUCCACCACCUGCAAAACGGAUCAGACGAGAGAACCCGAAGUACAAUGAUCCAGACUUCACAAAAUAA